UUGGACCCCAACAUAUGGCGCAGUAGUUCCUGCAGGUUCUCUCUUCCGUCUUCGGAGCCAGUGGCCCUCUCUGUGCUGAGCAGCUAGGAAGCCCCUGUCAGCGAGCUUGUAGGAGCUUUGAAACCGUCGUCACCCCUCCGACUCUUACCAGGAGGGAAACAUGGUUGAAGCUGAUCGCCCAGAAAAGCUCUUCAUUGGUGGUCUCAAUACAGAAACAAAUGAGAAAGCCCUUGAAGCUGUAUUUGGCAAAUAUGGACAGAUAGUGGAAGUACUCUUGAUGAAAGAUCGUGAAACCAACAAAUCGAGAGGAUUUGCUUUUGUCACCUUUGAAAGUGCAGCAGAUGCUAAGGAUGCAGCCAGAGAUAUGAAUGGAAAGUCCUUAGAUGGAAAAGCCAUCAAGGUAGAACAAGCCACCAAACCAUCAUUUGAAACUGGUAGGCGUGGACCACCUCCACCUCCAAGAAGCAGAGGCCCUCCAAGGGGUCUUAGAGGCAGAAGAGGAGGAAGUGGAGGAAUCAGGGGACCUCCCUCACGUGGACAGCACAUGGAUGAUGGUGGCUAUUCCAUGAAUUUUAACAUGAGUUCUUCCAGGGGACCACUUCCAGUAAAAAGAGGCCCACCACCGAGAAGUGUGGGUCCUCCUGCUAAAAGAUCUGCUCCUUCAGGACCAGUUCGCAGCAGCAGUGGAAUGGGAGGAAGAGCUCCUGCAUCUCGAGGAAGAGAUAGUUAUGGAGACCCACCUCGAAGGGAACCCCUGCCUUCCUGUAGAGAUGUUUAUUUGUCCCCAAGAGAUGAUGGAUAUUCUACUAAAGACAGCUACUCAAGUAGAGAUUACCCAAGCUCCCGUGAUACAAGAGAUUAUGCUUCACCACCAAGAGAUUAUACUUAUUGUGAUUAUGGUCAUUCCAGUUCACGUGAUGACUAUCCAUCAAGAGGCUAUAGUGAUAGAGACGGCUAUGGUUGUGAUCAUGACUAUUCAGAUCAUCCAAGUGGUGGUUCCUACAGGGAUUCAUAUGACAGUUAUGGUAACUCACGUAGUGCUCCACCUACAAGAGGGCCCCCACCAUCUUAUGGUGGAAACAGUCGCUAUGAUGAUUACAGAAGCUCACGUGAUGGAUAUGGUGGCAAUCGAGACAGUUACUCAAGCAGUCGCAGUGACCUCUACUCAAGUGGUCGUGAUUGGGUUGGCAGACAAGAAAGAGGGCUUCCCCCUUCUAUGGAAAGGGGGUACCCUCCUCCACCUGAUUCCUACAGCAGUUCAAGCCGCAGAGCACCAAGGGGUGGUGGCUGUGGAGGAAGCCGAUCUGAUAGAGGGGGAGACAGAAGCAGAUAUUAAAAACAAAACUUUGGACCUAAAUCCCUGUUCAAAGAAACAAACAGAAAGUGGAACCUAUUCUGUCAUAACUACCCAAGGACUACUAAAAGGAAAAAUUGUUACAUUUUUUAAUUUCCUGUUAAGUUACCCUUCAUAAUUUUUAUGUUCUUGUGAGGAAAAAAGUAAAACAUGCAACCAAUUGCUGUUUCUCUCUGUCUU